AACACUCAUUGUACAUUAAUAACCAUUAGCUAAUUUUUUAAAUAGAGAAAUGGCUAACAACUUGAAAUGUGGAGGUUCAAGUAUGAACUCUGCAAGAAAUAAUAAUAUUGGAAUGGCUUCAAUGGCCGUUAUCAUGAUGAUUUUAUUGUUCAGUAGCACAUUUUGCAUGGCUUCAAUAACUUUGGCUGUCAAGACAACCGCUUCGAAUAAUCAACCAACCGAAACUAAUACAUUAUCCACUACCGAUGACUCACUUUCCUCAACUACUACAUCCAUUUCAACUUCCACUACCAUUCAAAAUUUGAAACAAUUAUUCCCUGGUUUGUGGUCCUAUCUCCCAGGUAAGAAUGCCUCAACUGUAGCCAUUGGUGAUACUAAUGGUUUCGCCUUUGCUCUCACUGAGAGAACUGGUGAAAAGAAGACAUACAAGGGUCUCUUACAGAUCCAUGCCAAUCCAAAACCACAAUGGUUGAUUAUUGAUGUAAAUAGCAAUGAAAUUUCCUAUCACUUUAGAGCUACACCAACAAUUUCCACUCUUAGAGUUGAUGUCAGACAAAAUAGAUUUUGUUUCACUUUGAAUUUCAUUCCAAAGAAUUCAACUCUCUUGACUAAAGUUUCUCAAUUUGCCAGUGCUCUCUUGGCUGGUGAACAAAAGGUUUACAACUUUGCUACAAGUACCACCAAGUAUGAUUCUGCCAUUAAUACAUUAUGUACCACUGCUAAUGGUGUGAGUAGAGUUGAUGCUUUCUUAAUUGGUGAUGAAUCUAUUGUUUCAUGUGCUAAGAAACCAGCUAAACAACAAAAUAACUCACCAAAUAUUUUCAUUACAAGAAAUUUGGUUAUCAAAGUUGGCAAAUCAAUGGGUAAAGGUAAAUAUUUACAAGUUUCAAAGAGAUGUUUGGCUUUGGAUAAGUUCGAUGCUCGUUUGGCUGAUACUUUGGGUAAUAGAUACUUUGCUGAAUUAUUGUCUGAUAGUUUGGACAAUAAGAAGGCUCUUGAAAAGGGUGUUUCUAGACCUACUUUCUGGUUUGAAAGUAGAGCUGAAAGUUGUACUUUAUCUUAUUUGGCUGAUGGUGCCAAGUGUGCUUCUUAUUUGAGCUCCAGUUCAACUAAACCAACCAAGACUUGUAUCUUUAUUCAUGGUGCAGGUGGUCCUUAUGAUCAAGCUCCAAAAUAUGAUCAUUAUGCUUCAUAUUGGGGAGAUGUCGAAAACUGGACUCCACAAUGUAAGAAGAGAGUUUUUGCUAUCAGAAAUACCAAGACUAUUGGUUGGGAUGAUGCUUCUCUCCAAAAGUACUAUUGUGAUUUGGCCGUUAAAGAAUCUGGUGUCAAUCAAACUGUUAGAGGUGUUCCAUAUUUGAAGAAUGUUGUGAUUUUCACUCACUCUCAAGGUGGUCUUGUUAUGUCAGCUGCUUUGAAUAAUAAGAAAUGUGCCCUCGAUAGUACUUCAAGUUGGUAUUCUAUUUCUACUCCAUUUGAAGGUGCUGAAAUGAUUGAUAGAUUAACUGCUUAUUGUUCUGCCUAUAAGAAUCCAACCAAUCUCUUAAGCAAGGACUAUUACUAUGGUUAUUUGGCCACUGAAUAUGGUUAUUGUGAUCCAGCUACUGGUAAACCAUAUCCAGGUUAUUUGUCUCUCUCCAAGAAUUAUGCAAAGGGUGGUGUUAAAACUACUCAACUCUAUACCAGCAACCUUUCACGUACUUAUAGACCAGCUGGUAGAAUGUGUGGUACUUCACCAAUUGGUAUCCUUUCAAGAUAUUCACUUAUCUUGACUGCCUUGGCUGAAACUACUGAUAUCAGUAAUCCAAAUGAUGGUUUGUUGGAAAGUUCUAGUUGUUCAUCCAUUUGUACUGGAACAUUCACUGCUCUUCAAAGCUCUGACUUCUACAGUGGUAAUAUCAACCAUGCUGAUACAUCAUGUAGAAAUGGUAAUGGUUGGUUCUCUCGUUCCAAACAACCAUGUUUGUACUAUAAGGAUAAGGUUUAAAUAAAACAAUCAUUAUUCU